GGGGGUGAAGAAUUUUUGGUAUGCGCGGACGACAACAUGAUGAAAGGCGGAGAGUGCAGAGCUUCGUCUGCACGUCAAACGUUGAAAGAAACAACAGCAUUUUUGUCUCCGUGUGACACCAAACCCCAGACACCGACACCGUACUGACACGGCCCUGUCGCUAAAGCAGAAUCUUCGCCCCCCACUUUGAACGUCGCUUCCUCUUAUCCUAUGCGAACACCCCUGCUGGCACGGGCCGAUGGUUGAGUCUGUAUAGUAGGUUGGACUGAGCUCUUCUGCUGCAGGACGUCGUAGAUCAAUGAACUGGACCAGAGGCUUGGUCCAUCGUCGCCGCUGCUGUGCAUCAAAUUGUAUAGAUGUGUCAGUCUACCUGUGCGGCAGGAACCAGGCUUUAUUUCUGACCAGAAUUCUCUUCAGUAUGCGGAUAUCCUGAUCAGACCGCAGGCUUUAACCCGACUUGGAUUCCCGUGUGGUGGCUCCUCUCUGCGAUUUUUUUAAAUUCCGGGGCAGAAAAAUAAUCUGUAACCUCCAGGAUGAUCUUCGCAAACACAGGCAACCCACUAAAGACAGUCAAUCGUAAACAGUCUUACCCCAUGACUCCAUCCAGUCCCAGCAGCAGCAGCAACAGCAGCAGCACAGGCCUGGAGCAGCUCAGCAAAACCAACUUGUACAUCCGAGGCCUGCCUCCUGCAACUACAGACCUGGACCUGGUCAAACUCUGUCACCAGUAUGGAAAGAUCCAGUCAGCAAAGGCGAUCCUGGACAAGACGACCAACAAGUGUAAAGGUUAUGGGUUUGUGGACUUUGACUGCCCAGCGGCUGCUUUGAAGGCGGUGCAUGCUCUGAAAACCAGUGGCAUACAAGCCCAGAUGGCUAAGCAACAGGAGCAGGACCCCACAAAUCUGUACAUUUCCAACCUUCCUCUGUCGGUGGAUGAAAAGGAGCUGGAGAACAUGCUGCAGCCAUUUGGACAAGUCGUGUCCACUCGGAUCCUUAGGGAUUACAGUGGUAACAGCCGAGGUGUUGGCUUCGCCAGGAUGGACACAACAGAGCAGUGUAACGCAGUCAUCUCUCACUUUAAUGGAAAAUUUGUCAAGAUGGGAUCUGGAGCUCUAGCUCCUGCCCAGCCCCUGCUGUGUAAGUUUGCAGACAGUCAAAGGAAGAAACAUGGACACAGUGGAUUUGUCCCCAAUGGACAGACAGGAGAUCUCAGAUUAGGUGCAAUGACUCUCGCCUAUGACCCCUCAUCGGCAGCUGUGCAGAAUGGGUAUUAUGCUUCUCCUUAUCCAGUAACCAACAGGAUAAUGACGGUGCAGCCCUCCAUGUCUCCCUACAUGUCUCCAAUCUCUGCCUACCAGGUACAGAGUCAUUCUUGGGUGGGACAUCAACCAUAUCUCAUGCAACACCCGGCUGCUGUGAUGUCGCCCUCUGUGGAUCCUUCUAUGUCACUGCAUCCUAGCCCAGCAAUGAUUACUCAGCAGAUGGGACAGCUGUCACUGGGCAACAGCGGAGCGUAUAUUGCUGCCAACCCCGGAGUCCAGGGAGCGUACAUGCCUCAGUAUCUGCCCAUGCAGGCUCCUCCUGAAAAUGGAACGCCUCAGCAAGUGGAUUCUUCCAACAACUCCUCUCCUUAUAGUCAACUCAGCAAGUAAACACAGGCUCUUUUAGUUCUUUGUGAAACCAACGGCAUCAUGGGAAGUUGUUGAUGAAGUUUGGAUGAAAACAUUCACCACACUUCUUUGACCGGACCAGACACAUGAACUUUUUUUGCACAGACCCAGACAUUUGUGGUGGAAAGGAGGACACAUGUUUCUGGACUUAAGCAGUUGGCAAAUCACAGAAUUAAAAAAAAAAGAAAAAAAACCAAACAAAAACAAAAAAAAAA